CGGUAUUAUUAUUACGGAGUCACGAGUGGCAGACAGAUUCUGCAGAAUACUUCGUCCGUACUAUCGCUAAGCUUGCCUGCAGACUGGUCCGCUGCUGGCCAUGAUUAUCGCCGCCGUCACAACGACUGCCCCGGCAGGAUUCACACGAUAAGUUAUAGCAGUGAUCGUCCUCCGGAAGGAAUCUGCCAUGGCUCCGGAGUGUUGGGUCGAAUUUCACUCCCCGCGUUAAAGGAGAGAGUGUGUCUGCAGCAUCACUCAGGCAGGAUGCUCGUCAGGCAAGCUCAGGGGUUAGCCGUCACCGGUAUGCAGCGACUUCAGGUAACGGUUUUAACGCAAACAAUUAGUCUGACGACGCUUCGUAAGAAACAAAGACAAGUGUGA